CUCAUUACCAUGGAGAUUAUUUGGCUCCGCCCCCUAAGUCAUGGUCUAUUGACUUUGAUUGGUUUGCUUACAUUACAUGUAUUAGUUUGUGAUUAGGUCAAUUUAUGGGGAUCCAUUUGUGGGAAUCAUUGAAAAACUGGCAACUACUUAUCAACAUCUGACUCCAAUAAAAGUUGGCAGCGGUAAAACAAUUCCAUGGGAUCUGUUUAGAUCAGGGACAGACUUUGGAUAUUGGUACUACAGUAAACAAAAAAAAAGGAUAACAGUAAUGGGUUGGAGAAUUGGAAAGGUGUUGAUACUAGCAAUGACAAUAUCAGGGAUCUAUCUGGUGCUUGAGAAGUUUCCCAAAGAGCGCUAUAACCGAACAUUGUUACUAUGGUCACAGGGUCAAUCAAUCAUGCGAACAACAAAGGAGUUAUUCAAUCGAAAUUUCUUAUCACAGACGCGGCAUCUGUCAGAUAUUCGCUCAAAAAAUCAAACACUACAAGAUGAAAUAACACUAUCAGACAAUACUUGUAUUGAGAUUAAGACGAACAGACAUAUUGCAAGACAAUUCAAACAAAACGGAAAGUAUGCAAUUGUUGUUCCAAAAUACCAAUUGAUUUUUUUUUGGAGCGAAAAAUCAGCGUGUACUUAUUGGAAAAGGAUAUUACAAUUCAUUCAAGGUAUAAACAGAACAAUAUUGCAUGAUCCUAGAAGUGGAUUAAAGACUCUAGACAUGUUUAGUAAUUGUAAAAUAAUGGAGAUAAUGAGUAACGAGCAAUGGGUGAAAGCUGCUUUUGUGAGAGAGCCUAGAGAACGAAUAUUAUCGUCAUAUUUAGAUAAAGGCCAACACAGACAUGUGAUGAAUGAAGUGUGUCAAAUUAAUCGUACAUUGUCAUUUAAUGAGUUUCUAGAAAUUAUUAAGCAGUGUAAUGACGGACACUGGAGCAAGCAGUUAAGAGCUCCGGAAUAUUUUUAUAAACAAAUGAUGGUUGGAAAAUUCUCCCACAUAUCUUCUUUCACAGAAAAACUUUUAAAAAGGAUUGGAGCAUGGAAUGAAAAAGUUGCGAAUUGGAUCACGUCAAGUAAACAUAUAUACCAACCACAUGCUACAAACUCAAAAAAUAAACUCUUAGCAUAUUACAAUAAUACAAAGAGUCAGGAUUUGAUAUUUAAUUUAUUUUCUGAUGAUUACAGAGUUUUUGGUUAUGACAGAACUUAUCUUAAGUAACUAUGAUCACAUACAGCCUCAACAACGUCUAUCAUUUGUAAUACUUAUAUUAAGUGACUAGUUGAUUUAUAAAGAAAAACAAGUUUAAGUCAAUUGUGUAUAUUAAAGGAAACGUACACAGCUUCAGUGACUAAAACAUGCAUAGGUUGACAUUAUGUUAUGCCCGCAUGUCACAAAUUUCCGUUUUAUUCGAAGAUUCAACUAACUAAUUUAUUAUUGUAAAUUUAUAUUAAGAAUCACAUUUUUUGACGUAUAAAGUUUGCCAAAAUCA